CGUUGUCUGGAGGAAGCUUGAUAGAUGUGUUCUCUUUAUGUGCGCCAUGUUCUACUUGAUGUCUUCCCUCGACAGGAAUAACAUUGGGAAUGCGCGUAUUGCCGGUAUGCAGACAGCACUGAAAAUGUCAAACUACCAAUAUACCCUGGCUUUAACAGUCACUUAUAUCCCCUACAUUGCUAUGGAGUUACCUUCAAACUUGAUCUUGAAACGUGUCGGACCGAAUCUCAUGUUACCUGCUAUGGUUACCCUGUGGGGCAUAGUUUCUGCAAUGCAAGGACUUGUUACUAGUUACACUGGACUCCUUUUAUGUCGGUUUUUUCUGGGCUUGACCGAAGGCGGCCUCUUUCCCGGGCUUGUCCUUCACCUUUCUUCUUUCUACCCCAGAGAAAGAUUGCAGAUCAGGAUCACGGCUUUCUUUGCCUCAGUGUCAUUAACAGGCGCUUUCUCUGGCUUACUAGCCGCUGCUAUACUGCAGAUGGACGGAAUAGGUGGAAAGCCAGGAUGGGCAUGGAUAUUCAUUCUCGAGGGAUUGUUCACCUUCGUAUUCGGUAUCUUGUCAUUUUUCGUUUUGCCUCGGUCCCCAGAGACCGUGCGCUUUUUAUCUUUAAAGGAAAGAUCGUAUGUUGUCUCGAGACUCAAGAGCAGCAGGGCCAUCUCCGAUGAUGAUAGGCACGGCGACUUCAGCUGGAUGGAAGUGCUAAGAGCAAUUCGUUCACCGCAAGUUUUAAUGCUCUGUGUUCUCGUAUUCUUUGGAGGGAUACUGUUUGGCGGGCUUUCAUUCUUUGAGCCAACAAUCGUUGCUGGCUUGGGGUACACAGGCAAUCAGGCACAGCUAAUGAGUGUUCCCCCUUUCGCCGCUGCAUUUUUAGCCUCCAUGAUUUCCGCAUUCGUUUCUGAUCGGUACGGAUGCCGUGGCUUUACGGUGAUAUUUUUCGCAAUCUGGUCCGUAAUCGGGUUUUCCAUGUUCUAUGCGGCCACUUCUCAGCGUGUUCAAUAUGCCUCACUCUUCUUCUCUGUGACUGGUGCAUAUGCUAGUGCUCCAGCUGGCGUCACAUGGCUCGCCAAUAACAGCGCACCUCACAUCCGUCGAGCAAGUAGCAUUGCCUUCGCAACUGUUUCAGGUAAUUUAGGUGGCGUUCUCGCCAUCUGGUUGCUUGGUUUCCUGUCACCUGCUCCAAAAUAUACGGCAGCCACGAUCAUAUUCAUUGCCAUGUCCAUUGGCCAGGCUGUGGUCUCAUCUCUCAAUUUGUUUUACCUUUCACGGGAGAACCGUGCGAAGGCAGAGAUGAGGCUUUCUAUGGCGAAAGAUGAUGAAUCCGACCAUUUGGGAGAUCGCAGCGCAUGGUUCGUGUACGCUUUGUAGGUCAGGUUCACGCACCGCGCGUAUAUUCACAGUAAUAGUGUACAG